UUUUCUCACCCUAAAUCAACUUCACUUGCCGCCAUUCGAGCUUGAUCACUUCUCAUCUUGCUUUAUCAAUCAAUUUGGGUACCAAAUAACCCUAAAAUCUGCAGCACAAAAGCAUCAAUUAUAUAUUUUUUUUUGUUCUUAAACAACUGUACCCACCUCAUUACCACUCUACAAACCCUAAAGUUCCCACCUUUUUAACACCAAUGGAUACCCUUUUCAAUCCUAGUUCAACUUCAUCCUUCACAUUCAUCCAAACCCACAAAAAUCCACAAUCUUUUUCACUCCGUACUUGUGGCUAUCUUCCGUUUAGUUCACAGUUCAAAACUCAGAGCUGGGUGUGUUUAAAAGCCCAAGAAUUUCAUAAUUUAACGCCUUUAAAUGUAUUGAAGAAGAGAGGGUUGAAGUGUGUAAGUAGUGGUGAAGGGUUAGCUGAUGAAGGGGAGGGGAUUAGAAGGAAGAAUCUUGCUGUUUUUGUUUCGGGUGGUGGGUCGAAUUUUCGGGCUGUUCAUCAGGCGACUGUUAGUGGAGAUGUUCAUGGGAGCUUUGUUGUUUUGGUCACUAAUAAGCAUGAUUGUGGUGGUGCAAACUAUGCAAGAGAGAACGGUAUCCCUGUUAUAAUAUACCCCAACACAAAAGGCGAACCCGAAGGUCUGUCUUCUACCGAUCUUGUAGCUGCUCUAAGUAAGUACAAGAUUGACUUUAUUCUUCUAGCGGGAUAUUUGAAGCUUAUACCAUCCGAGUUAAUUCGAGCGUAUCCGAAAUCAAUCUUGAAUAUUCAUCCUUCACUUCUUCCCGCUUUCGGAGGCAAAGGGUAUUAUGGUACAAAGGUGCAUAAAGCUGUUAUUGCUUCUGGAGCUAGAUAUUCGGGCCCCACGAUCCAUUUUGUUGACGAGCAUUACGACACGGGGCGCAUUCUAGCUCAAAGAAUAGUUCCGGUGCUUGCUAACGAUACCGUUGAAGAACUUGCUGCAAGGGUUCUUCGCCAGGAACAUAAAAUGUAUGCAGAAGUAGCGGCUGCAGUAUGUGACGAGCGUGUGAUUUGGAGAGAAGAUGGUGUUCCCAUCAUACAAAGCAAAGCUAACCCUAAUCAUUAUAGCUAACAGACGGAUACCGUUAUCUUUCAGUCGGGAGUUGACUAUGUCGGUAUGCUUUCAUGUUGACCGAAUACUUCUUUGAGCCAUAGCUGUUUGUCUGUGAGCACUUUCUGGAGACUUUUCUUGUUACUUAGAAAUAAGUUGUUAUUAGGAAUCAUGUUUUCAGAUGGUGUUUGAAAGGAAUUCUUUCUAUUUUUUAAUUAUGCAAGAAUUUCAGGAUAAAACUGUGGGCUUUUGGUAAUUUUUCUCGCCCUUAAUCAAACCAAAUACAUAACCUCUCUUCGCAUAAUUUCUUGAUUUUUGUAGUUUGUCUGAUA